UUUGCUGGGAAGAGCAAGAUUUUUACGUUACAACUGCAACAGCCAAAGCCCAUAUCACCAUGGCAGUCGAAGUGUUCCAGAAGACGACAUUCUCUUCUGUGUAUCAAAAAUAUAUGAUUCCUGUCUCCAAUGAAAUCUGUAAUAUGAUUUUAUCCUACAUGAAAGGAAAAACAAAUGGGCAGCCCCUUGAAAUGCUGGUGGAUGUUGGCUGUGGGACUGGAAGCUACAUUUUACCUCUAGCUCCUCACUUUGAGAAGGUCCUGGGAAUAGACAUUAGUGAAUCCCAAAUGAAUUUGGCUAAACAAAGUACAUCCGCAAACAAUGUGUCGUACGUGGUGGCUUCAGCGGAGAACUUACCUGUAAAGAAUGAUUCUGUGGACCUGGUGCAUGCCGGACGUGCUGCACAUUGGUUCACAAUAGACAAGUUUCUCAAUGAGUCAGUUCGAGUACUGAAGACAAAUGGAUGCCUGGUUUUACAUGCUUUUUAUCCAGCCACUGAGAUUGAAUACAAGGAUUUGUCACGUGAUCUGAGCGCAGUAAUGUCAGAGGUAUGGGAUACUUUGCUCCAGCACAUUCCAAAAAGCAUAGCACAGCACCUGCUUUGCCAGUUCCAAAGUAUAUACGAGGCUAUUCCACUAAAGGACAAGGAAUUGAUCACGGAUAUACCGGUCACAAUUCAGAUGUCCAUUUCGGAAAUUAUUGGAUUUAUCCAGUCAAUUUCUAUGUUUGAGGCAUUCAUGGAGAAGGAUACGAAAAAAGCAGAACAGUUUCUAACACAGACUGAAAAAAGAUUCCGAGAGAUACUUGGAGAAGAGGCUGAUUCUGUCCGGCUGAAUGUGCUUGUAAAACACUACUGUGCCUUUGCUUGCAAACAUUAAGAUGGAGACCUGCUGAAUCUAUA